UCUCGUCGUUUUCAAAUAUGUCGCUGUCCAAAACKACUAAUACGUAUAACCGACAGAAUUGGGAAGACUCCGACUUUCCAAUUGUUUGCGAAACAUGUUUGGGAGAUAGUCCUUACUUGCGAAUGGCAAAAGAAAAAUAUGGUAAAGAGUGUGAGGUUUGUGCAAGACCAUUCACCGUAUUCCGUUGGUGCCCAGGYGCUAGAAUGCGUUUCAAGAAAACUGAAAUAUGUCAAACCUGUGCACGGCUAAGAAAUGCUUGCCAGACUUGUUUAUUGGAUCUUGAAUAUGGACUUCCUUUACAAGUCCGUGACGCUGCAUUAAAAAUUAAAGAACAAAUUCCCAAGUCUGAUGUUAAUAAAGAAUAUUUUGUUCAAAAUAUGGAUGCUGAAUUAGCAAAAAUGGAUGAAGCUGGUGGAAAAUGUCAGAAUGCUAGUGAUGUACUGGCCAAAAUGGCUCGUAAAGCUCCUUACUAUGAACGUAACAGGCCACACAUUUGUUCAUUUUGGGUGAAAGGUGAAUGUCGACGAGGAGAAGAAUGUCCAUACCGUCAUGAAAGACCUACAGACCCAGAGGAUCCACUAUCAAAUCAGAAUUUCAAGGACAGGUAUUAUGGUGUAAAUGAUCCUGUUGCCGAGAAAAUGAUGAACAGAGCCAGUGAAAUGCCAAAACUGGAGAAACCAGAGGAUCAAACAAUUACUACACUUUAUGUUGGCAACCUGAAUGAUAUUACAACAGAAAAAGAUUUGAGGGAUGUAUUUUAUCAAUAUGGAGAAAUUCGUAACAUUACUCAUGUAGCUCAUCAGAAUUGUGCAUUCAUUCAAUACACCACGCGAGCUGCAGCCGAAAUGGCAGCUGAGAGCACUUAUGGCCGUUUGACAUUGGGUGGACAUAAAUUAAAUGUACGUUGGGGUCAUGCUCAAGCACGUAAAGAUAAGGAAACUACUAGUUUAGCGGCUAUGAAAGAAAUCAAAAUGAAACCUUCGCCAGGAUUACCUGCUCCAUUACCACCAUUGCCCACAGAAUUACAAAACAAUUUUUUCAACAUUGCUCCUCAAACMGUACCUGUUGUUGCUACACCUUUUAUACCUGUCAUGCCAACAUUACCUCAUCCAAGUAUGCAGUACAUGUCAACCCCUAUUUAUCCACCUGGUACAAGUAAAUAAAAUUUUUUAAAUU